AUUUACGAAGUUUUUAAUUUUUGGCAGCCUUCUUUUUACUCGCCUCUUCAAAGCCCCGGCGAAGCCUUACAGAACGGCCGCCAACCCCUCCCUGCCGACUUCCAUCUUCCUCCACUCACUACUCAUUUUCGCCUGAACCAUCCGCAACAAAUAUCCCUUUUGCAAUUGCUUCCGCGCUUUUGCUUGCAUCUUUUCACCAAUAAUAGGUGCGUCAAUGCUCGGAGAAUUGCCUCAAAUAUUAUUGCUUGUUUACAUGCGCAAAAUCUGCAGAUUGCUUCACCAUUGACAUUCACGGUCAGCAACCACCUAGAUGUUCGCUGCCCGCAGAUUCAGUCUAUAUGAAAGAGCAUUUGGCCCUGUCGUAACCCCUAUCACCAGCAUACGUGGAUUGCUGCAAGAUUUCACAACUACAGCUGCUUACGAUGCCGCUCAGAGAAGUAGGUCAAAUGAUGACUACUUUGCAACCAUCCACCAUAUAUCUAACAUUGUUCGAAGAGAUAUUUAUAUGGAACGAACCCUCAACAAAAUGUGCAUUUCCAAAAUUGUCAAUUCAGAGCUGGUAUACCGUGUUUUGCGCAGCUGUAGCCGGAGUGGCAUUGAGUCCUUCCGUUUCUUUAAUUGGGCCCGAACACACCACCCCCAUUAUGAUCCCACAACUCUUGAGUUUGAAGAGCUUCUUAAGACCCUUGCUCGUACUGGUCACUGGGAAACCAUGUGGAAGGUUGCCCAUCAGAUGAAAGUGCAGAACCUCCCCAUCUCGUCUUCUAUUGUUUCGUUCAUCAUUGAACAUUAUGGUAAGAAAGAUCUUGUUGAUCAGGCCGUUGAACUGUUCAAUCGGCUUAAAAGUUUCAAUUGCCCACAAACAACGGAGGUAUACAACUCGUUGCUGUUUGCUCUCUGUGAAGUGAAGAAUUUCCAAGGGGCAUAUGCUUUGAUUCGUAGAAUGUUGCGCAAAGGGGCUGUACCUGACAAGAAGACUUAUUCAAUUCUUGUAAAUGGGUGGUGUUCUGCAGGAAAGAUGAGGGAGGCACAAGAAUUUCUUGAGGAGAUGAGUAGAAAAGGGUUCAAUCCUCCAGUACGUGGCCGAGACCUUUUGAUUGAUGGAUUACUCAAUGCUGGAUAUCUUGAGUCUGCAAAAGGAUUAGUGAGGAAGAUGACGAAGGAAGGGUUUGUCCCUGAUGUAAGCACAUUCAAUUCUCUGGCUGAAGCUAUAUGUAAAUCUGGAGAAAUAGACUUCUGCAUUGACCUUUUUCGUGAUGUUUGUAAGUUAGGCCUUUGUCCUGAUGUUGACACAUAUAAGAUUAUAAUAACUGCAGCAUCAAAAGUUGGAAGGAUUGACGAUGCAUUUCAGAUUCUUCAUAGGUCUAUUGAGGAAGGACUCCGUCCAUUUCCUAGUUUGUAUGCUCCUAUUUUAAAAGCUCUUUGUCGGAAAGGUAUGUUUGAUGAUGCAUUCAGCUUUUUCAGUGAUAUGAAAUUAAAAGGACAUCCACCGAAUCGACCUGCUUACACUAUGCUGAUAAGGAUGUGCACCCGUGGAGGUAGAUUUGUUGAGGCUGCCAACUAUUUGGUGGAAAUGACCGAGUUAAAUCUGUUGCCCUUGUCAAGAAACUUUGACCUUGUGUGUGAUGGGUUAAAAAAUUGUGGGAAGCAUGACUUGGCUAAAAGAAUAGAACAGUUGGAGAUAUCCCUUCGAGGCGAUUGAAUGCAUUUGUGCAGCGUUUGAAGCUGCUGGUGAAAGACUUCUAAGGGACAUAUACUGAAUGACUUUGUAUGUGCUCAGUCAUGUUGAGUUGUUCAGACUGGCUAGUCAUUUGCUAUGAUAGGGAAUAUGGUGAAGGGUCAGUCUGGGGACAAAGUGAAAAACCGGAGUCGCAAAACUAAGCAAGUGAAAUGGAUCUCCCUUUUUAUCGCAAAGAAUUGCCACAUAUUCAAUAACGACAGGAAUAACGGUGAAUUAUGUAAUGCAAGUGACUGCAGGCGAAGCAGUUGUGGUGACUGAUCUUUUGGAACUUUGAAGAACUAUUUGGACAAGAAAUGAGGGAUUCAAAUGGGCAUAAGUUUUGGAAGAAAGGAUUUUCAAGAACCUGGCUUUUAAUUCAGAUGCCUCUCAAAACUGGAGGACAGAAGCAGCUCGACUGCAGUUCAAACAUUUCAUAAAUCGUGAACGACUAGAUGAUUGCUGGAAAACAACUGUGUUGUAUAUAUUGUUGUAAACCGCAGUGAAGGUUACAGUGAUUAAGAUAACCCCAGUUGUUUUUGUCCUAAAUUUGAUGAGUGGGACACUGACUGGCAAUCGCAAAUUGAGAAAUUUUUGGGCUCCUGAUGAGCCAUGUACCUUCUAUCUCAUGACCAAAUUUUUUGUGGAUUAUCAUUUCUUUUCAAAGUACGUAUUGCUUAAAUCUGCCAUUGAUUCUCAUUUUAUAGUCUCUGUGGUCUCAUCGCCUG